GAGAGGAAAGUAAGGAAAGAAGAAGAAGAGAAAGGAAGGGGGAAAGGAAAGGAAAUAAGGGAGGAAAGGAGGAAGGGAUUGGGGUGAGCGUGUGCCUCCAUGUGUCCCUCUGCCCUAAAACCUGGUCCCCAUGCUCUUAAUGGGAGCCUCCCAAGUGACCAGGGACCCAGAUUCAUUCUUCUCUGGGGAGCCUACAAGCCAGACAUCUUCCCAUUCCUAGCCCCCAAAACUGGUUUAAAAGAGACUUAGGGCAACUAAGGACGUAUGGUGACCCUAAAGCCAUCUUACGAUGGGGUUUUAUUGGCAACGCUUGUUCAGAGGCAGUUUGCCAUGGCCUUCCUCUAAGGCUGAGAGAGUGUGACUUUCCAGGGCCAAGCUGGGAUUUGAACCUAGAGUCAUCGUUGCUCAAAUCACUGCGAAACACUCUCUGUGCCUUCCAUAUCACAAAAUCUUGGGGUGACAAAACCCCAGCCCUGAGACUCCCUCCUGCUCUGAGUGUCCCAGAAAAUGCUGGCACCUGAAUUAGGAUCCAAACGCUUUCCAUUUUAUUUGUUUAUUCUGCAAAGAGAAAUGUAGCUUAUCAAAGUUAUUUUUGGAGAUCUGGUUAUACAUAGCUAAGGUUAUGUUUACUGACUUCAGAAGGCAACAAAUGAUAAAUAACAAGAGUGCGUCUGGUGGGGAACGCGAAGUUCCUUUUUUUGUUUGUCUGUCUGUUACUUUUGUUGUUUGGCUGUAACCUUAUUAUGCCAAAAAGCAAACCUUGAUUUUGCCAUUUUGUAUAAGGGACACCAUGUUAUUAUGUCCUUGGAUUUAAUGGGACUUGAGCAUCCACAGAUUUGGCAUCCACAGGGGAUCCUAGAACCAACCCAGUGGAUACUAUACUAUAUACUUCCUUAAUUCUACAAUAUAUAUAUAUUCCUUCCUUCCUUCCAUCUGUCCAUCCCCUUCCUUCCUUCCUUCCUUCCUUCCUUCCUUCCUUCCUUCUGUCCACUUGCAACAAGUAUAUUGUGCAUUUUGUUUGGCCAAUAAAGGUAUCACUGUUUGGUUGAUCUUUGUUUGAAUUUUAAAAACCAGAACACAAUAACCCAAAGCUCUGCUCCUCUCCAGACCAAGAUGGAAGAGAUCUCCAAGAUGCCCAUGAAGAAGGCAGCAAGGCUGGACCCGGUGGGUUCUUCCCAGCCUGGGACUUCGAGGGAUGCAUUGAUGGAGAUGGCUCAGGACCCACCUAGGAAAACCUCCUACAGCCAAGAGCUGUUCAACACCUGGAGGGACAUCCGCUGGUUCCAGAUCCCCUUGUCUUCCCUGAGGAAGCCCAAAGCCGGGCUCUUCAGCUUUACCUUCCAGUCCAGCCUACAAAGGUACCAGCAGCUCCGGAAGACCAAGCGGCUGAAGGUCGGACGACCUUUUGCCAUGUUGCCGCUUUCGGCUCUACCUUCGAUCCUCCAUGAUGAGUAUCAGGAGACAUUGCAUAAGCAGAAUGACAGUCGCAGAUAUUUGAGAGCUAGGAAAGCUAGCGUCAGGAAAAGCCACUCAUCUCAUAGGAAAGGACAUCAGGCCUCACGAAAGAGCCACAUACAGUUGCAGAAGUGCAGGUCAUCAACACCCUUUUUGCCCAAGAGAUAUAUCUUCCACCCAAGAAUUCCUCAAAAACAGGGAAAGAAGCCUGACCGCUGCUCUAGCCAGAAAUUUAGGGAAUUCAACCUUGACAGAGAUGAGGAGGACCUGGCUUUGGAAGCUCACAGCCUCCCUCAUGUGCCUCCUUCUGCUUGUCACACAACAGAGGCCUAUGGAACCAGUGACAAAGAACUCAAGAUUUGGGAUGGUGCCCGCUGUCCAUUGGAAAAUGAUGACAGGUUCCCUCCAGACUGGACUCCGCCACGGAUCGAAUUCCUGUACGACGAGGAUCCUCCCUGUUUGAGCCCUGCUCCAAGACCUGCAUCUAGAUCGCAGAGCUGGGGAGAGAUGCCAGAUAUCACCCAAGGAUCUCCUAAUCUAGAGAUAGAGAUUUCAGCUAAGGCCUCCACUCCAGCAGAAAAUGUCCUGUUCCUUGAAGAGUCCAUCGACAUGCAAUUGAAUGAACAUGAAAGUGGGAAAAUAGGAAGUCCAGACCAUGCCAUGAGCAUUUCCUGUCAAGUGGUAAAUGAGGAGCAAGAAGGUGGCACCUUUGAGGAACAAACCCAGACAGACCAUGAUAGGGCCUUUGACCAGGAAGAAGCAUCUCCCAUCCAUCCACUGUCCAUCAUCCAUUCUAGAAGCAGCAUCUCAACAGUCUCCUAUGAGUUUAAAAAAGGGCUGACCUGCGAUUCAGAUCAGGAGGAAGAAUUGGGGCUAGAGUGUUCCACUUUAUCAACCGCCACUUCCCUACAAUUGACCUUGUCCAGGAUGUCCUCCACAUGCAGCAUCUCAGCAUCCAUGGAUGAGCUUUCAGAUGACCCUGGAGGAUCGGCCCAGGUUUCAGACAUGGAGCAAGACACAGACGAUGAUGGACUCUUAUCCCUUGAAGAACUCCUUCAGACCAGUGACAAAGAGCCACGUUUGGAUGAAUCAGACACAAGGUAUCUCUCGUCAGAGCAGGAUUCUUACCUCAGUAGCCUAGACAAGCUUCUGGAUGAGAAAAGGGAACAAACUCAGAAAGAUGAAGAGUUGGAAGGAGGCCUAGGGACGAAGGUGCUCCUCUCGAGUUCGCUCAGUGCCAUGGAGGUGGAUGAAGAGAGUGAAGAGGAUGGAGCUUUGUUUCCUGAGGCUCACAGGUUGUUCCUGGAGAAGUUCUCUAUUAAUCGGGGCACCAUCCCAACUCUCUACCCGGGCGAAAGCAUUUUUCGGUUCCCACCUCACACAAGGACCACUUUGCCUUUGGACGCUACUGGGCUGGAGCCACAGAACCAGAUAGAAAGACUUUUCUUCAGUUCCCAGUUCCCCCGCCAGCUGGCACUCCUCCAUGAUGGCCUCAUCAGCUCCUUGUACCGGGGCCAGUCCAGGUGUCCCCAUGCCGUCCUGCGUUGGCUGUUCCAGCUGAUAACUUUGAACCCGGACGUUUCGGCAGAUGCUUUCCAAGCCCUCUGGGAAAUCAGCACUCAUCAGAUUGCCUCCGCUGAUAAAACCAGCACAGCUCUUUGGUGCCCAGAGCUGAAAGACAUCACCCAAGUCUUCUGCAAUUUAGGAGCCUCUACCACCGGCUUGUACCCAGCUGGGCUUUUCCAUACAGAAUUCAGCUCUAAAAACAUGGAGCUUCCCAAAAACCUUUCUGGAUCAAGAGCAAGAAAUAAGGGUGAGAUAAUCCCUGCCAAAGCGCCCUCCCAGCUCAUUUUAGCAACUAUGCUGGGCAACAUAUUUAAGUUCCUGACAUUGUGUAUGGCAUCCCAUCCUGACUGCUACCCAGACGAACAGCGCUUGAGCCUCCUCAAACUGCUCUGCCGGAUCGGACUGGACCAGAACCUACGGAGGCAGCCAAAUGUGGAGUUUCAGCAGCUGCUGCUGGCCCUGCUAGAAGGCAUUCAGGAAUGGCCGGAAAAGCUGCCAGAAUUGUGUGAAUCCCUUUGCCACGUGUCUUGCCAUCAUCACAACUUGGUAGCUGUCAUGAGCGCCUUUCCGGAUACUACAGCCAGAGGACGACAACUACGAAGAAACCUGAGCCUGUGUUUCAUCACAAAGCUGCUGGGAAAGACAGGCAUGGCAAGGAGCCACUGGCAGGAAGAGAACCAGUUGCAGCAGCUUGGUCAUCUCCUUCCACUGAUGAAGCCUGCCUCUCUGAAGCAAGGCCUGCAGAAAAAGUUGAUUCUUCCAGAGCAGCAAGAGAAAGGCCAGACGAAGGUGCUUGCUGAACUUGACCUGGAGGCUUGCUACCUGUGCUACAGCCUCCUGACAUUGGCCAAUGUGGUUGUGGGUACCAAGGCUGUGCCUUCAAGACAACAGAGACAUCUCAUUCACCUCUGCAACCAGCUGCAGAAGCACAUCAGUUCCACUAUCCGUGAAGACUCCUGCCUCAUGUAUCGGGUGGAGCUCAAGAACCUGGCCUCCCAAACCUACAUCAAAUGGCAAGAGUGUCUGUCUCGGGGCUGGCUGUGGACCACCUUCCCUGCAGAGCCAGAAUAAAAACAUCUGAAGGAGCCCAAGAGGAUUUCUUUGCCAGAGGGGAUCAAGGAGGAGAACCAUGCAGUCCAGCAAAAUGUGAUGAUGGAGCCAGAUGAGGAGCGCUUGGGCUCCGUUAUCAUUCCCCUAAUCCUAGUCCUCCUAUUCCUACUUUCCCACCCCCUUCUCUCCUCCCUCCCCUGCGUUGCCAUUUGGCCAUUUUAUCUUGGGGUUUGCCAACCCCUUUGUUUUUGUUCAUGAAAGAACAAAGUUCUCGCAGGGGCUAAGCCAACACUAUUUGCUAUUUAUUUAGACAACCUUGUGCCUUUAAGAAGCCUGCUUUCAAAGCAAACACUCAGGGAAGGAACAGGCACCCCGCCCUGCACCGAGGAGGUCAAAAUAAAUGUCAUUUUUAAUGGAUUUUAUUUCUCUCUUCCUGACUGUUCCCUGAGGUUGUAACUGUAAGUGCUCAACUGCAUAGAGAUGGCCCCAGUUCAAGGGUGCAGAAAGGCACUCUUAAAACACGCAUAAGACUUAGCUUCACCGGAGAGACCAGGAGAAAGGGCUGGAGGAAUCCAG